AUGAUUGCCAUCAUAACGGCAGCUUUUGUUCAUUUUACCUUUAUAUCCGGCUCUCAUUUCAACGGCGGUACAAUAACAUGGCAUCCAACCGACUUCAAUGAUACAAGCAAUCCGAUUAAUAUAACCAUUACACAAACUUAUUCCUGGACAUUUGGAAAAGUCAACUGUACAAACGCUAUGAUCACAAAUCAUUCGAAUAUCAAUUACGGCACGUAUUCAACUAUACCAACAGAUACAUUAACUUGUAUCUCUCCAUGCAACACUGGAUCAUCCGGAAAUGCACGUGGAUAUACAUCUACGCAUAUCAUACCACAAUGUACUGAUACAAACCCUAUAAUGGGUACAACUAUUAGUCAACGUACUGAUACAAAAUUAUUAUAUGUGAAUGAUAAUUUCACAGUGGCCUAUCAGUCAGCUUCUCCUUAUGCUUGGCUACCAUUAGCGGGUUCAACUACAGCUUCUGCACAAUGGUCUAUAGCAUCGAACAUUGAUUUGUAUUUACGACCAGAUGGCUAUUAUAAUAAGCCUCCUCACCAUCAAAAUGAUCACCAGAACUUUGAACCAUCUUAUUCGGCACCUCUUGCGACUAUGAUGUCACCGCUCAAUAUUCCAAAAAACAUUCAACAAAUUAUUAAUAUACCAGUAUCAGACGCAAACGAUGAUGAUUUACGUUGCAGAUGGGCAAGUGGCAGCACUGAAUGUGGUGAUGCAUGUCCAUCUGCGUCACUAAUACCUGCAAACACUGUAGAGGAUUUUAUCAGCACAACGAGCACAGCUGCAAUGAGUACAGUUCCCGUACAAUUUCUUGUUCAUGUUGUUGACCCUUCGACUUGUCCAGUAAAUCCACAAGUUAUUGGUUUUCCUGUUGAAUCUUCGUGCACACCUGUUCAAGCUGGAGUGCCUUAUAACACAGUCAUAAUUGCGAUCGAUAACUGCCCAUCUGUAGCAAGCAUUGCAGAAAUAUCGACAUUAUCCAUACCUGGCAUGGGCAAGGGCAAUCUUACGCAAUUUAAUUCAACAAUAUACUACAGAAAUGUGACAUGGAUACCAGAUUCUAGUCAGAUUGGGCCGCAAAUCUUGUGUGCGAUGGCUGUUGACACGUAA